AUGUUUUCAGUUGGUGGUUUGCCAGAUAUUGGAGGAGGACUUGGAAAUCUCCCAGGUCUGGGAGGAGGACUUGGAGAUCUAACAGGUCUUGGAGGAGGACUUCCAGUAAGUGACCUGCCAGAUCUUUCAAGUGUUUCUUUGGGCGACAUCUUGAAUUUGACUGGAAUUUCAUUAGGUGAUCUUCCAGAUCUUUCUAAUGUUUCAUUGAGCGAUAUUCCAGGUUUAAAUGCAAUUUCAUUAAGUAACAUUCCAGAUCUCUCCAAUAUUUCAUCGACCGAGCUUUCGAAUUUGACAGGAAUUUUAUUGGACAGCUUUUCAGAUCUCUCGAAUAUUUCAUUAAGUGACCUUAAAAAUUUAACCGGAAUUUCACUUAGUGCACUUCCUAGUCUCUCUACACUUGGAGGCUUAGGAGGAGGACUUGGAGGCUUACCCGGACUAGGAGGAGCACUUGGAGGCUUACCAGGUCUAGGAAGAAAACUUGGAGCUCUUCCUGGUCUAGGUCUUCGGGGUAUUCCUGAUUUAGGAGGAGGCCAUUUAGGAGAAGGUCUUGGAGACCUUCCUGGUUUAGGAGGAGGACUUGGCGGACUUCCUGGUCUAGGCGGGGGACUUGGAGGCGGUCUAGGAGGCGGACUUGGUGGACUUCCUGGUCUAGGAGGGGGACUUGGCGGACUUUCUGGUCUAGGAGGGGGACUUGGCGGACUUCCUAAUCUAGGAGGCGGACUUGGAGGCGGUCUAGAAGGCGGACUUGGACGUCUUUCUGAUUUAGGAGGAAGAGUUGGAGGUCUUACUGAUUUAUUAGGGAAUUUUUCAUUAAAUGACCUACCAAAUCUCUCGAACAUUUCGUCGGCUGAGCUUGCAAAUUUAACAGGAAUUUCUUUGGAAGACCUUCCAGAUCUUUCAAAUAUAUCAUCGGUUGAACUUCUUUCAAAUUUAACAGGAAUUUCAGUGAGUGAACUUCCAGAUCUUUCAGAAAUCGGAAACCUGCCUGGUUUAGGGGGACGACUUGGAGACCUUCCUGGCUUAGGAGGAGGUCUUGGAGAUCUUCCUGGUUUAGGAGGAGGGAUUGGAGGUCUUUCUGGUUUAGGCGGAGGAAUUGGGGGUCAUUCUGGUUUAGGAGGAGGAAUUGGAGGCCUUUCUGGUUUAGGCGGAGGAACUGGAGGCCUAGGAGGAGGACUUGGAGGCCUAACAGAUUUAGGAGGAAGACUUGGCGGACUUCCUAGUCUAGGAGGCGGACUUGGAGGCGGUCUAGGAGGCGGACGCGGUCUAGGAGGCGGACUUGGAGGCGGUCUAGGAGGAGGGCUUGGAAGCGGUCUAGGAGGUGGACUUGGACGUCUUUCCGAUUUGGGAGGAAAAGUUGGAGGCCUUACUGGUUUAUUAGGGAAUCUUUCAUUAAAUGACCUGCCAAAUCUCUCGAACAUUUCGUCGGCUGAGCUUGCAAAUUUAACAGGAAUUUCCUUGGAAGACCUUCCAGAUCUCUCAAAUAUAUCAUCGGUUGAACUUCUUUCAAAUUUAACAGGAAUUUCAGUGAGUGAACUUCCAGAUCUUUCCGAAAUCGGAAGCCUGCCUGGUCUAGGGGGAGGACUUGGAGACCUUCCUGGUUUAGGAGGAGGACUUGGAGAUCUUCCUGGUUUAGGAGGAGGGAUUGGAGGCCUUUCUGGUUUAGGCGGAGGAAUUGGAGGCCUUUCUGGUUUAGGCGGAGGAAUUGGAGGCCUAGGAGGAGGACUUGGGGUCUUAGGAGGAGGACUUGGAGGCCUAACAGAUUUAGGAGGAGGACUUGGAGGCUUAGGAGGAGGACUUGGAGGCCUAACAGAUUUCGGAGGAGGACUUGGAGGCCUAAAAAAUUUAGGAGGAGGACUUGGAGGUCUAGGAGAAGGACUUGGAGGCCUAACAGAUUUAGGAGGAGGACUUGGAGGCCUAGGAGGGGGACUUGGAGGCCUAACAGAUUUAGGAAGAGGACUUGGAGGCCUAGGAGGGGGACUUGGAGGCCCAACAGAUUUAGGAGGAGGACUUGGAGGUAUAGGAGAAGGACUUGGAGGCAUAACAGAUUUAGGAGGAGGACUUGGAGGUCUAGGAGAAGGACUUGGAGGCCUAACAGAUUUAGGAGGAGGACUUAGAGGCCUAGGAGGGGGACUUGGAGGCCCAACAGAUUUAGGAGGAGGACUUGGAGGUCUAGGAGAAGGACACAAUACUGAUGAUGUGAAAUUCUAAAAACUUAAUGUUUCAUUUUAUUUGGAGGCCUAACAGAUUUAGGAGGAGGACGUAAGUAAUUUGUUAAAAUAUAUUGUUUAUCUCUUUAUAAAACAUUAUACGAUUUAUAUUUUGAAUAAUUUUCUGUUUGAUUUCAGUUGGA